AUGGUACGGACGGCACACCAGCAAAUGGUGCUCGCAACCUCUGCCCCGAUUUUCCCUAACCCGGCCGCACCGCGGACCCGCUGGCCGACGCUCGCGGCCGCGCCGCCACCUGCUGGCAAGAUUGACGGCCGACGGCUCGCAAAGCUUGUCGAGCGCGUCCGCCGCUCCCCGAAAUCUGCAUCCUUCUACCUCAACGAGGAAGCGGAAGCGCUCUCACCACGCGCGUACUCCCGCGUGCUCAAGGGUUUUCGCGAUCGCAAGGCAUGGCGCGCCACCCUCUCCACCAUCGCCCAUCUCAAGGCGAGAGAGGAACUAAACUCCAUCCACGCCACGCUGGGCUUCAGCACCUGUGCAGCAUGCCAGAACGCGAUGGCGGCGAUCGAGCUUCUCGACAUCCUCGGCCUGCCACACGGGCGUGGUGCCAGCCUCGACGUCGACCUGCGUUGCCUCAACCAGGCCAUCGUCGCGCUGGGCUCUGCUCCGCCACGCACGCUGCUACCCGCGCCCGCCGCAUCCGCCGCGCUGCGCGUCCUGCACGACUUUAUCCCCGGCACGGGGCUACAGCCGGACGCAUUCAGCUACGAGGCGGCCCUGUCCGCGCUGUCCAGGGCGGGCGACGGCUCCUCUGCCCUCUCGGUCUUUCGGGAGAUGCGGAGGAGAGGCGCCAACUCCUACUCGAGCACCAUCACCGCUCUGCGGAGGGCGGGCCGGCCGCGCCUGGCGCUGCGGGUCUUCGACGCGAUGGCCGUCGAGGCUCAUUCAUUCACUCACUAA